GGCGAAUUGUAUUUCUUCGUCUGAGUCAGCAAAUUUUGGGUUUCUGCGCAAAUGAGUGCGACGAAAGGAGAGCAGCGGCCACUGCUAACUCCAACGAAGAAGAAUGUGUGGCGUCAGGGAGGGUCUACCCCCACAACGAAGCUUGGCUGGCUGGCGAACACGCUCCUUGUGAUUGUCGGUGUGGACGUGGUCGUGAUGUUGUCCCAGAUCCCUCAACUCUCGUUGGUGUGGUUCAUUGAAACUGAGCUGCCUGCAUGGCACUACGAGCAGCUCCCGAUCCUGCUCACGAUUGCAAAGGCCAUUGUGCUCGUGAUUGCUGUGUUCUCACCGUAUGCUGUUCUGUUGGGUCUGUUGGUGAUUAUGACAAUCUUGGUUGUGUUGGCAAACGACGCAUUUACACUGGACGGAAUGACUCAACAAGAGGUUGAAGCCCAAGGCGUUCAAACUGCUAACUUGUUCAACAUUUUGCCGCUCAUGUUUUCCGUGCUCGAGGGCGUCCUGUUGAUUCAAGCGUACUGGAAGCAAAAGCGCCGCGCCGCCGAGCUCGCCAAUUCCUUGCUGACCCAGGAUCUUGAAGCAUCGCAAAGUACGUCUGCCGCCGAAGCUGCCACGUCGCCUUCGUCGGAAGGAAAUGGUAUUUCGUUGGUCAAGAUGCUCAUGGUGCUGCGCCCGUACUUCUGGCCCCAUGGCCUGAACAACCGCAUUCGUGCAAUGAGCACCUACUGUUUCCUCGCCACAUCCAAAGUUCUCAACUUGUAUGCACCCAUGUUCAUGGCGAGCAGCACAAACGCGUUGAUCGCGAAAGAUUACACUGGCGCGUUGCGUGCAGUGACACUGUACGCUGCCAGCAUCCUGGCCUGCCGGGUCUUGGACGAGCUCAAGAGCGUCGUGUACCUUAAAGUCAAGCAGACAGCAUAUGUCGAAAUUGCCACGAUGACGUACGAGCACUUGCAUUCGUUGUCACUGGAUUGGCAUUUGAAAAAGAAAUUGGGCGAUGUGCUUCGUUCGAUGGACCGCGGCGUCGAGUCCGCCAACAGCGUUGUGUCGUACAUGUUUUUGUACUUGCUGCCGACGAUCUUGGAAGCGGUUGUGGUCAUGAUCAUCUUCGCCACGCACUUUCAACUCGCGAGUCUGUCGUUUGUCGCGUUUUUGGCCCUGGUCUUGUACGCGUAUGUGACGAUAAUGCUGACGUUGUGGCGCAAAAAGUUCCGGCAGGAAUCGACCAAACACGACAAUGAGUACCACGACAAGGCCACGGACGCCCUCAUUAACUUUGAAACGAUCAAGUACUUUACAAACGAACGCCACGAGAUCAACAGCUACUCGUCGUCGAUUCAAAAGUACCAGAGCAACAGCGUUGCCGUCCAAGCGUCGCUCUCGGUGUUGAACGUCAGCCAGUCCACGGUCAUCCAAGCAACGUCCUUGGCGUGUUUGGCCCUCGCGAUUCCCCACGUCAUUCGAGAAGACGGGCGCGGCGUCGACAUUGGCGGGUUCAUUGCAAUUUCCGUCUACUUGAACAACUUGUUUUCGCCGCUGUACUUUCUCGGGUCGCUCUACAACAUGAUGAUCAACGCCAUCGUGGACAUGCAAAAGCUCAGCGAACUCCUCAACGUGGACCCUGACAUUGUCGAUCGACCAAACGCCCCGAAGCUGUCGCUAGACUACGAAGCGCACCGCAACGGGAUCACGGUGGAAUUCCAGAACGUCUCGUUCGACUAUCCCGAUCAAGUCGAAGGCAGCGGGUUGAAAAAUGUAAAUUUUGUCAUUCCUGCCGGCACGACCACGGCAAUUGUGGGGGAGACGGGAGCGGGAAAGACGACUGUGUCGCGAUUGCUCUUUCGCUUCUACGACACGACGAAGGGCCAUAUCUUGAUCAACAACCAAGACGUGGCGGCGGUGACUCAACAGUCCCUUCGCAAAGCUAUCGGGAUCGUUCCGCAAGACACGGUGCUCUUCAAUCAGUCCGUUCUGUAUAACAUUCAGUACGGCAACAUGGAGAGCUCGUUUGACCAGGUGGUCGAAGCGGCGAAGAAAGCUAAGAUUUAUGACUUUAUCAUGCAACUUCCGCUCAAAUGGGACACGAUGGUGGGCGAGCGGGGUCUCAAGUUGUCUGGCGGCGAAAAGCAACGCGUUGCCAUUGCCCGCACCCUGUUGAAGAACCCGCCGUUUGUCAUUUUGGACGAAGCUACAUCGGCUCUCGACACCGUGACCGAGUCCGAGAUCCAGCAAGCGUUGACGCGGCUGCAAACCAACCGCACAAUGCUUGUGAUUGCCCACCGCUUGUCGACGAUUCGACAUGCAUCUCAGAUCAUCGUGCUCGGAAAAGGCUCUGUGUUGGAAAGCGGCACCCACGACAACUUGAUGAAGGCGAAUGGCAAAUAUGCAUCCAUGUGGAAGGCCCAACUGGAGUCGCAAAAAGAAAUGGACGAUCGCGCUGACAAGGAGGACUAAGCUGCGCCAUGGAAUGCCAACGGCACUUGUGUGAAACCAUUGGCGCUAAUUCAGUCCCAGAGAAGUAAUUGCGAUGGAGGCCCGUCGAGCUGGGAUAUUCUGACACCCGACAGGACGAUCUUUUCACUCUGCUGACAACGUGCACAUUGUACUUGGACAAACGCGAUUUACUCUCUGCGUCAUGAACCCGACGAAAGAGUAAUCGAAGUGGCCAAUUGACGAAACCGCAACAACGUCACGGAUCGACAGCUGCACCUGUUGCGGCCCGUGGAGAGGAUCGCGCUCAUUGCUAUCAACGCAGGAUGCACCUUCUGUGGUGUCGUUUGUAGGUGUUAGACAGUGGUCGGUGUGUUAGUCUGCGCCAGUGGAUUGGUCACUGUAUGGUUGUGAUCAUCCGCUCGACCGUCCAAAUUAGUGCCCCCCUUGACCACAGAGCUAUGAUCACCAUAGUCGUACAUUCUCAGCGAUGGGUGUCUAGAUGGAGGACAUCGCUUGCCCGUCGAAGUGGCCGCGUCCUUGUCGCCGACCCGUUCGUUGUGUCCCAUGUUGAAGUGUUCGUUUCGUCAACUCGGUUAUCCGAAAUCCUGUUAUAUUUUAUCGUGAUCACAAUCGAAUUUCUACUUCAGCA